UGUCAUAAUUCGCAUAAGUGGUAAUAUUUGUAAAGACUCUUUGGUAUAUUAUGUCUCAAAUGUUAAACUUAUAUCGAAAAUUCAACAAACGUGUAUUUAUGCAAUUUGUAUUGCCAAACAAGAAAGGUUAAAUCUUUAAAAUAGUUUUAAUUAUUCGCAUUUUACAGCAAUUAGUCUUACACUUCAACUAAAGAAUGGCUCAAAAUAGGAAAAAAGUAAUUUUGGUAGGGAAAAUUGGUAACGGAAAAAGUUCACUGGGUAAUAAUCUACUUCGAAAGAAUUAUUUUUCCGAAGGGAGUGGAUUCAAUGCUAUGACAACGAAAUGUCAAUUGGAGAAACGUGGACAAUUUGAAAUUGUUGAUACGCCAGGACUUUUCGACACCAGUCAAAACCGAAAUGUUGCUCGACAAGCCGAAAAAAUCCUAGAUGCUUUGAAACUUUGCCCGGCACCGCAUGCCUUUUUAAUAGUAAUCAGAUACAGUAGAUUUACGGCUAAGGAAGUUACUGCUUUGGAUGUGUUGCCAAUAACAUUCGGAGAGCAAUAUUUUGAUCAUGCCAUUGUCGUCGUUACUCAUGUAGACAAUGAUGUAACUGACGCCGAUUUUAGGAACGCUUGCCGUGAAUCACACAAGGUGAAUGAGUUACUGAAACGCUGUGGGAAACGGGUUGUUAGAAUCGAUAAUAUGCAACCGAAAGAUAAGAAUAUCAGUAUUCUACUCCGGUACAUAGAUCAAGUAUCGAAAUAUGGAACAGCAUGCUUCAAAAAUGAUUAUCUAAGCUGCCACGAGGAAGUGUUAAGAAGACAUGCUGAUCAUUAUGGGUACGACAGAAGGCUUGUCCAUGAACAGGUUGAAAUUAUAGCAAAGGAAAUAAGAACAUUGAUAGAAAAAGAAAAAAAAGAAAGGGAAGAAAAAGAAAAAAAGGAAGAUCAAAGUGAAAAAGAACAGGACUACCAUUGUAUAGUAAAAAACAGUUUAAUUUUUGGUGCAGGAUUUACAUGUGGCAUAAUAUUUUCUAAAUUGUAAAAUUAACAGUCCUUAAUUUAGUAAACCAAUAGAUGUACAAGUAAUAAGUACACUAUUUAAAUACUGACACUCAUUUUUUAAGAAACCGAAAAUACAAACUUUAUACCUGUUGACGAUAAUUAUUUCGGUUAUGAUUGUAAUUGGUUGACAAUGGGAAUUAUUUUACUGUUUCUAAUUAUCAGAAUUAUAUUUUCAAUUAUAAUUUACCGCAAAUGGCAAAUGACUUACCUUCCAUUCAUAAAUACAUUCAUUACACAUUAUACAAAGAUUACACCUUUAAUUUUGUUUCUUAAUUACGAUAUCGGAAGUCUCAUGAAGUCCUUUGUCCUUUUGUCUUCCUCUACAAUUCAGGUGCAAUUUCGUGUGCCUCUGCCUUUUUAUGUCAAACAGAAACCUCCUUUUGUGUAUUCAGAAAUAUGAAAAACAAGUACAGAGAAGCAAUAAUGAACACUUUUAGUGGUACGUUGGUUUGGUUCGAUGUAAUGAAAUAACAUCCCAUUUACAAAUCUAUUAUAAAGACAGUGAAACGGCUGACUGACAAAAGGAAGCUUUGAAAUUGGAAUACGUAUGAGGAGGUUCCUGUUGUACGACAUUGCAGAUCUUGAAGGACAUGGUGCCAUGGAACAAGAGGAAGACUCCGAUUGAUAUGAGCCGCGCCACGACAAAACCAACAUAAUGGGUUUGCGACCAGCAUUGAUCCAGAUCAGCCUGUGCAUCCGCGCAGUCUGAAGAGGAUCCAUGCUGUUCGCUUACAAACCCUAUUACAAGUAGAGAAACUGAUAGCGAACAGCAUGGAUCCUGAUCAGACUGCGCGGAUGCGCAGGCUGGUCUGGAUCCAUGCUGGUCGCAAAGCCAUUAUGUUAGUUUUGUCGUGACGCGGCUCAUACGUAAAAUCUCGUUUCAGAAACUUAAAGUUGCAAUGAGACGCAUAUUUCUGAAAAGCAAUGAGACGCAUAUUUCUGAAAAUAAUCAUUUUGAAUGCAAUAAGAAAAAUGAUUACAAGCGUUCAUUUUCGUUUAUAAACAUAAUCUUAAAAUAAAUUGACGUUGUCCUCGAAAUAAACAAAGUGAAAAACGAAAGCAUGUAUAUAUGCAAAAAUAGAACUAUAAUAAAGCGGUAGAUGAGCGUUACUCGACUCAAACAUUACUUUAAUCAUACUAAAUAUUUAAUUGUAUUUACUUUAGUUGAAUAAAUGCUUAGCAGUAAACUUGAGAAAUGUAUGGAAAUAUUUACACUGUUGCAUGUUACUGUUUAGCAUAUUAUCUCAAUAAAAACA